AUGCAUGAGGAGUAUGAGGCUGAAGUGCAAGAGCGUCGACAACAAGAGCAUGCUGUCAGAGAUGGAUCCCGACAGCUACAUGACCUUCGACACCAGCUACUGCCGCCAUGUCGCCAAGCGCAGGGGCUCUUCCGCUCCGACACCACGCUCCUCACGGACGCGGCCAUCAAGGAAUACGUCCAACGCGUCGCUGCCGGCAAAUUCGAGGACGCGUUCUUCAGGGAUUUCAGGGAGUCCAUGAUCAAGAUGGCCAACGUCGGCAUGCUCACCGGUGGCGGCGGAGAAAUCAGGAAGAAAUGCUACGUCCUCAACUAG